CGCCAGAUUUCAAUCGUCGACCCCGAUUUGAGAUUUCAGAUCCGAGAUACAAAGAUUAUAGAACAUGUCUACGUUCAGCGGCGAUGAAACAGCUCCCUUCUUCGGUUUCCUCGGCGCCGCAGCUGCUCUCGUCUUCUCCUGUAUGGGAGCUGCAUAUGGAACCGCAAAGAGUGGAGUUGGUGUGGCUUCUAUGGGAGUGAUGAGACCCGAGCUUGUGAUGAAAUCCAUUGUCCCUGUUGUUAUGGCUGGUGUGUUGGGUAUUUACGGUUUGAUUAUUGCUGUUAUCAUCAGUACCGGGAUUAACCCCAAGGCUAAAUCUUACUACCUCUUCGAUGGAUAUGCACAUCUCUCUUCUGGUCUUGCUUGUGGUCUUGCUGGUCUUUCCGCUGGAAUGGCAAUUGGGAUUGUGGGUGAUGCUGGUGUCAGGGCAAAUGCUCAGCAGCCUAAGCUUUUUGUUGGGAUGAUUCUUAUCCUUAUUUUCGCAGAAGCGCUUGCUCUUUACGGGCUUAUUGUUGGAAUCAUCCUUUCCUCUAGAGCUGGCCAGUCUAGAGCUGAAUGAGAAAAUAACCACAAGAUUUGCUCCAAGUGGUAUUACUAUGUAUCAUCGAAACUUAAAACAUUUACUGGAUUCUUGGAACUUUGUUUCAGAAGCAAAACCAGCUUUUGUUAUUUAUUGUUUGUUUCUGUAAUAAAGAGCUCGGAGGAGCUUGGUAUCUUUUUUUUUUGUAUUGUCCUGAGGAAGUUAAAAUACAUUUAUUUGUAAAGAAGGAUGCUUUCUGAAACCAUCUUGAAUUUUAUGAAAUUUGUCGGCGAUGUAUAUCUGCUCUUUUCUCUGGUGUUUGUGCUCCAUAAUCGAUGUUGUGUUUUCUUGUAAAGGUUUACGUUUAUCUUUAUUAUUUGAUUCAUGUUGAAAGUUUGGAUAAAAAGGUUUGAUUUGCUUUUUG